UGAUAGCCAGAGGCUGGAGGUUCCGUGAGAUUUUCUGAGCUUGUUUUCAAAAUUCUUGUUAUUAGUGCAAAAUUGUAGUUUCAAUAUGUAAAAGUUAGCUUGGCAGUGUUGUUCUUCCAACUGCGAGCGAGAGAUCGCUGCCUGCUCAAUAUCAAUAAUUCUUGAUAUCAAAUUACAUGGAUAGCAUGGCGAACACUCCCACAACCUGCCAAACCAAAGAAAGCUAAAAAGGCGUUGGCUUUUCUUUCCGCCCUGCUCAUAUUUCAUGCGGGUCUUGCUCUGGCAGCGUUCUAUGUUGCCAGCUAAUUAUUUGCGAACUUUCUGCAAUUUAUCAACUGUGUUCAACUGUUAUCUUUUUCUUGACUUCUUCUUCUUCUUCUUUCGCCGCAAGGUCAAUAGAGGGCGCCACACGCCAAAUUUCAGAAUCGCCAGCGGCGAACUUCGUUAGAAACAAGCAUGCCUUCUCUGUCGCACGCACAUUACGCUCUGGCCGCGCUGCUGGCACUGCUCGCCCUGGCCACGCCCCGGCCGGGCAGCGCUUACUCGUACAGCAUGCGCAUGCCGAGCGGCACAGAUGCUGCCGGCACCGGCACCGGCACCGGCACGCCUCCACGUUUGAUCAGCAAGCUGUUGGUGCAAUCACCGGCGCUGGACAACAUUUACAUGGACUAUCUGGUCACCUCGAAGCCGCUGAAUCUGCGCAAAUACAACAAAAACGGCAGCAAAACAAAGAAAACCAAGAAGGAUUCGAAAAUCUAUUUCAUACCCAUACCACCGCUACCGUACCGCUAUAUACCCGGUGUUGGCUACGACUAUCAGCCCAUGAAAAUCAAGCCCAUUCUGCAGGAGACACCCAGCUCGACCACAUCUUCACCCAAGCUGACCACGGAUAAGAAUCGCGAACGCGAACCCGCUCACAGCUCGAUUCCAACCACAGUGACUCCUACGACGACCACGCAGAGCAAGCUGCUGCGCGUGCAGCACCACAAGGACUACUACUUCAAUGGACGCCCCUUCCGAUUGCAGGUGGCGCGUGCCGAUCGCAAGUCAGCGCUGACGCCUCUUAAUCUUAAAUCGAAAUUCUAUUACAAUAAAAACAUAAUUUAUUGAUUAAAUGAAUACAGUA